GAGUGAGUGAUUGACUUUAUCAGUCCAAGGACAUCACUCGUUUGCAGACGGGGGAAGUCUGAUCCUCAGAUGCAGGGAUCCCAUUUGCGGGAGUUUCUGCCUCCCCGUUAACUGACAGACGGACUGUCAUUUCAGAUUUUUUUUAGUUGUGCAUUGCUUUCCUGAACAAACCCCCAACAAAAUAUUAAGUUAGUUUUGUCCGGUGGCCAACAGUAGCCAGUCAGUCUGGAUUUGUAAAUUUUGGUCAUUUGUUUUCUUUUCCCCCUUUUUUGUCAGUUGGUCACAAUGACCAUGCUGCUUGAAAGCGGUCCGCAGUUCUCUACGAUUGGAGUCGGGGGCUUUGGAACACCAAGGCACCAUGAAAUAGGCAACCGAGAUCCCGGACUGGGGCUAAGUCCAUUUGGAGAUACUUCCCAUUCUACAGCUUUCAAGCUUAACUCUGUAACUCACGAUCUAGCAUCCAGCCAGACAUCUGCAUUCACUCCGCAAGCCACCGGCUACGCUGCCGCCCUGGGACACCACCACGGUGGCCAAGUGGGUUCUUACAGCGGAGCCGCCUUUAACUCCACCCGAGAAUUUCUGUUCAGAAACCGGAGCGCCGGCAUUGGGGAUACCGCAGCUACCAGUGCCCAGCAUGGGAUCUUUGCUGCUUCGGCGGGGAGUCUCCACGGACCCCCUGGAAUUGCCGACAACUCUGGGCACAUCUUGUUUCCUGGACUACACGAGCAAACGGUGAGCCAUGCUUCAUCGGGAGGGCAUGUAGUCAACAGCCAAAUGCAUCUGGGUUUACGCGGGGACAUUUUUGGAAGACCUGACCCAUAUCGCCCGGUCGCCAGCCCCCGAACGGAUCCUUAUAGCGCUGCUCAGCUGCAUAACUAUAACCACUCAAUCAAUAUGAACAUGGGAAUGAACGUACCGACGCACCAUGGCCCCGGCGCUUUCUUUAGGUAUAUGAGGCAGCCCAUUAAGCAAGAACUGUCCUGUAAGUGGAUAGACGAGAACCAGAUCAACCGACCGAAAAAAACCUGCGACAGGACUUUCAGCUCGAUGCAUGAGAUGGUGACCCACGUCUCUAUGGAGCAUGUAGGAGGACCCGAACAGAGUAACCACAUUUGCUUCUGGGAAGAUUGUCCCAGGGAAGGGAAAUCUUUUAAGGCGAAAUACAAGCUAGUGAAUCACAUUAGAGUCCACACUGGAGAAAAACCGUUUCCUUGUCCAUUCCCUGGAUGUGGGAAAAUAUUUGCAAGGUCAGAAAAUUUGAAAAUUCACAAAAGAACUCAUACAGGUGAGAAGCCGUUUAAGUGCGAGUUUGAAGGGUGCGACAGACGCUUUGCAAACAGUAGCGACAGGAAGAAGCACAUGCAUGUCCAUACUUCAGACAAGCCAUACAUCUGCAAAGUGUGCGACAAAUCCUACACACACCCGAGCUCUCUCAGGAAACACAUGAAGGUGCACGAGUCUCAAGGGUCAGAGUCUUCUCCUGCUGCGAGUUCUGGAUACGAAUCCUCCACUCCACCAGCUCUCGUCUCUGCCGGCACCGAGGAGCCUACGAAAACUCCCCAGACCGGCGUUCAAAACACUUCGGCUCACAGUGACGGACUUCCAACUAACUUCAACGAGUGGUGUACAGAAUGGAAUGGGAGCAACCAUAAGGAGGUGUGAUGCCAUGACCGUCCGCCGACAGGCCUCGUCCCUCUCAGGAUUUCAAAGUUGACUUUUCUUCUGAAAGGUCUGAAGAAAAAAAAAAAUCUUUAAAACCAUAAAGGUUUCCUCUCUCCACUUUCAGAUUAUUUUAUUUUUCAUUUUGUGUAUUUUUCUCAAAAUAUAAAUUAGAAAAAAUAUUGAAUCAAUAUUUUAUAUAUAUUAUAUAUAAUUAAGCGGGUUUUUAAUCGCUUUUGAAUCGAUUGUUGAAAUUGAUAACGUCUUAAGAAAUGUGCCAAAGUCUUUGUCUUGAACUUGAACAGCAAAAAUAAUAAAUCACUAUAUAUUCGUGAAUGUAUUUUGCUUGUUUGAUGGGGUCGAAUCUGUUGUGAACGUCCGUGUUCCGGUGGAGAGAUGUGGUAUUUAGAAUAUGAUUGUUACAGCUGAAUAAACAGUUGCCUUUUGUUUAUAAAUAUGUACAUGCGUGUCCACGAUGCCAUAUUUAUCGAUUUGUAAUUUAAUUAUCAGCGAAAGCUCUGAACUUAAAUUAUAUUUAUGAAAAUGUUUUCUAACAAGACCAUGUACAGUUUUGGGUCAUGACCAGCUUAAUUUUUUAAAGAGUAAAUUUAACCUUCAAAUAUGCGGUUGUAGGCUACUUUUAAAUAACGUGUCUUAUUUAGGUCUAAAAGAACUCCAGUAUUUAAAUAUUAUAGAUUUGCCUAAUGCAGUUUGGUUUGUCAUUUGAUCUAUUUCAGUAUGUAUGCGCACUGAUAAACCUGUGUACCUGUGUAUAUGAUAAUAUAACUUAAGGAUAUACAUGCAUUCAUUAGAUAUGCUGUAAUAUUAUCAUAUACGGCUAUACUUCAGUCCCAUUAGUUCGGUUGUUCAUGGUGACGAAUAAUUUACAAUGUUUCUAUGGUAAUAUUUCUUAUUUGGGCAAAAUAAGUAAUUUUAAUGGCUUACAGUUGGUACCAAUACAGUCCGGAAGUUCCGAUAAUUCUUCACAAGUUUAAGCCACUCACUGCGAACGACGUAAAUUACACAAACUGUACUACAAGCAGGUUUCCAUGCAGUUAUGCGCAUACACAUGGUUUUGAGCCAUAAAUGCAUAAGUAUUUUGGGGUCAAAUACAAAAAUGUAAUCGAAUAAAACGUUAAGGCACCAUAUAUAUGUAGUUGGAAGUUUGCAAUUCGGUAUGAGGCAUCAAAAAAAAAAUGAAUAAAGCAGGACGUUCAUAAAUCAUUAUUAACAACAGCAGCAACACUCAUAUCUUCAAUAUGAUGGAAGUAAUAUCACGAAGACGGAAAGUUCCUGUAUGUCUGCUUGCAUUGUUUUAAUUGUAGUUCUGUGAAAAUGAGGGUGUUAUGUCCUGUGAUAUAGGGCGGUUUGAUUAAUCAUUAGUCUGUUUUAUGUGAAUAAGCUUUUGAACAAAACGUGUUUGUAUGAAUAUAAUAGCCUGAAGAAUAUUAAACACCACGAGGGAAAUACGAUAACGUGGCACACAGAGCUACAACAUUGCAUUGUAACCUAUUUUUACGAAUUGAACAUUAUGCAUUCAUAAAAUAUAUUGUGCAUAUAAAAUGAUUUCAAACCACCAGCACUACUUUCAAAAUAAAUAUGAAAUAGUA